GGCGGCGGCGGCGCGGAACGGCGGUAGCGGCCCGGCCCGGCCCGCUGGGUGUGUCCCGGCUCCGCGGGGAAGGCGGAGGUCCUGACGCGGUUUCCGGCCGUGCUUGGGGCUCUGGGCCGGGCGCGGCGGGCGAAGCCGCGUCCCGGGCCGGCCCCCCCACCCCCGGCUCCGCCAUGUUCCGCCGGGCGCGCCUGAGCGUGAAGCCGAACGUGAGGCCCGGCGUGGGCGCCCGCGGCUCCGCCGCUCCGCAGCCCCAGCGUGGACGCGAGUCUCCCCGGCCGCCGCAGCCCGCGGCCGAGUCCGCGCCGGGGCCGGCGCCGGAGCCCCCGGCCUCGGAGCCCCAGGAAAAGGCUCCCGGGAGCAGGGAUGAAAAGAUUAGUGGUGAACAUAAGGUUGAAGAAUCCACUAAUGUGUCUACUACUGUUUCACAGAGAAGAAAACGAGUAUCAAGUACUUGCAGUCUAGUGAAACCUAGUGUCAGUGUUCCUUCACAGUCUCAUCCCUUAUCAACAGUUAAUCAAGACACUUCACAGCCAAACCCCAUUCCAGCAAGAGAGAAACAGCCAUGUUCAGACAGAUACCGAAUAUAUAAAGCCCAGAAACUCAGGGAGAUGUUAAAGGAAGAACUGAGAAAAGAGAAGAAACAAUGGAAAAACAAAUAUGGUAUAAAUGAAAGCCAGAAGAUAGCAGAUCGUUCAAAAAUGACAAUGAGAGACUUCAUAUAUUAUCUUCCAGAUAAAAAUCCAAUGGCUUCUUCACUGGAACAAGAAAAGAAAACUGAAAAAUCAUUGACUUCAGUCCAAACAAGAGAGCAAGAAAAUAAGGGUCCUCUUGAUGCUGAUGAACAUGAAGAAGCGGAAGAAGAGAUAGAUGAUGGGCCAUUGCUGGUCCCUCGUGUAAAAGUGGCUGAAGAUGGCUCUAUUAUUUUGGAUGAAGAAAGUUUAACUGUAGAAGUUUUAAGGACGAAAGGCCCCUGUGUUGUUGAGGAAAAUGACCCUAUAUUUGAGCGAGGCUCUACAACUACCUAUUCCAGCUUUAGAAAAAACUGUUAUUCUAAACCAUGGUCAAAUAAAGAAACAGAUAUGUUUUUUUUAGCCAUCAGCAUGGUGGGAACAGACUUUUCUAUGAUUGGACAACUUUUUCCUCACAGAGCAAGAAUAGAAAUUAAGAAUAAAUUUAAACGUGAAGAGAAAACAAAUGGAUGGAGAAUAGACAAAGCAUUCCAGGAAAAACGUCCUUUUGACUUCGAUUUUUUUGCUCAUUUGCUUCAGAAAGUUCUUGCUGAAGAAGAGAAAAGAAAACAAAAAUCUGUUAAAAAUCAGAGUUUGAAGGAAAAGUCCUCCAAACCACGGAAAAACGUAAAAGUGAAAAAAGUGACUAGCAAAGGAGUGAAUGAUGAUCCAGAUGAAUCUGUGAGUACUAAAAUUUCAGAUACAGAAAGAUCUCUGAAGGAUGCUCAGACAGUUGAAGAAGAGGAAUCUCUGAUUUCAUCAGGACAGGAUUCAGAACAAGUGGUAUUAGAACAAGACCAAAAUCAAAAGAAAAGGAAAAGGAAGAAUCAAGAUGAGGCUAAUGAACAGGAAGUAGAAAACCUUUUAGGAAAUGUCACUGUUCACUCAAGUCCACCUGAAAGCGAAGUACACAAUAGUAACAGUGAGGUUUUAUGUGCUGAGGCAAGAGAAGAUGAACGCAGUGAACCACAGGUUUCCUGUCCGGAAAACAUAGAUGACAUUGUGGGGUUAGUGUCUAAUGAAAAAGUUGAGAAGAGAACUGAGCCCAUCCUUUCAUCAAGUAGUCAACCAGAUACCAUGCCAAUAGCUCCUAAGUCUUCAGAAUCAAGCACUUCAGAUUUGCUCCCAUCAGAAGUUGUAGCAUUAUGUGAAGUGAAUAAUUCUGAGAAUAGUUGUACAGAAGAAAAACAUGAAGACUUAGAGAGAAAAUCUGUGGAAACUGAUCAAGCAGAAAGUGUUAAGCCAUUGUUGAGAGUUCGGCACCAGCGACCUAAACCUAAUCUGUCCAGGGCAAUUGGGAAGAAAUCAGGCAAAACCGAUGCUGAGAGCAAGAGUUCACAGUCAGACAAUUCAGUUGAAAAGGAUUCCAUGGAAAAGGAGAAGAUGAAUGUAAUUGAUAAUUCAGAAUUAGAGAGUGUAAGAAGAGAGGACUCAGAAGCUGACACUGUAUCUACUUUGAGUGAAAAAACUUGUCUACAGGAAGAUAAUCAGCCAAAGACUUGCAAACCUGUACGACCAAUGCGGGGUCGAUUCCAACGGCCAAAGCCAAAUGUAGGGAAAGCUGCAGAAAGAAAAAUUAUUCCAUCACAGGAAAAAAUUGGGGUCAAUAUAGAGAAGACUAGAAAUGAAUCCUGUGUUGAUAGAGAUAUUACUCAAACAACAGAUCAGACAUGUAAAAACUUCCAGUGUGAAGAUACCACAUCAGAACCUGAGAAGAAUGAUACUCCUUUUCAAAAUGUGCAGCUAGAUGAGUCCAAAGGUCUUAAUAAAAAUCUAAGCAUUCAAGAAGAUAAUGAGACAAAUGUACUCAAACAAGUCUCAAUUCAAAGGACUCGAUUUCAGAAGCCAAAACCAAAUAUAGGAAGAAGGAAUGGAAAAAGAGAAAUCUCCUCAAAGGGAGGGGUGCCAGAGGAGGGUCUUGCCUCUCAAGAAUUAACACCAACUUUGAGAGAAACUGUAAAAGUAGAUAUAGAUACUUCACCUACGGAGAAGGUACCAAAUGCACCUGCUAAUGCUAAGGAAUUGGACUCCGAUUUAAAAACAACUGGAAGAAGUGACAUCUCUCCCAAUGAGAGCAUGCCAGAAAUGACUAAUGUCAGUGGAGAAAUGGAGACAGGUUUGAGUGGAAUUGAAAGAGAGACUUCCCCAAAAGAGACAGGAGAAGUGAUUGAUACCAUUUUGGAAACGGAGGCUAUUUUGAGAUCAGCUGGGAAAGAGGUUUCUUCAAAGGAGACAAUACCUGAGUUGGUUGACGCCACUGAGGAAAAUGACACAAAUUUGGAAGAAAGUGGAAGAGAAAUAGUUCCACAGGAAGAUGGCCCUAAUGUAGACAAGCCUGUGGCUGAGGUGGAGAUCUGUUUGAAAGAAAGUGGAAAAGAGAAGACACCAGAAAUGAUUGGCACUACUAACAAAAGAGAUUUAGAAGAAACAGAGGGAAGAGGAAGCUCUUCACUGCUAAAGGCCCAAGAGGAGACCAAAACUACAGAUGAAAUGAGAAUGUAUUUAAAAGAAACGGGCGGAGAACCAUCCCAAAGAGUAAAGGUAUUAAUGGAGGCUGGUGUUACAGGGGAAAGAGAAAUUGAUUUCAGAGAAACUGGAAAAGAAGACAUUUCCCUGGUGGAGACAGUAUCAGGAAGGCUGACUGCCAUUGAGGAAACUGAGGCAGAUUUCAAAGACACAGGAAGAGACAUUUCUGAAGAAGUCACUGUUACUAAAGAAGUAAUGGCAGAUUUGGAAAAAGCUGGAAACAUAGGCAUGUCUCCAAAGGAAAGUGCAGCAGAGGAAUCUGGUACUUCAAGGCAAAAUCAGACAACUGUAUCACAGAGUGGUGGUGGCGACUGCAACCCUAUGCCUUCAUGUGAUAUGGAAAACAUUAGAACUGAAGCAGCCUCGGUGAUGUGUAUGUCUACAAAAGAGAAAGAAAAUUCUGAAAAGGAAGUGCCAAGUCACUUAAAUAAUUUGAAGACUUUUUCACAGAGUUCUGGGCUUUGUGAAGCAGAUCAGGUAGUACGACCUACAGAUAAUGGAGAACAGUUGCCAACUAGUAACUUAAGCAAAUCUCUUCCUGAAGAACAGAAGCCAGUUGAAACUAAACCAGCACCGGUUGUGAGAAGUCGAUUCAAAAGGCCAAAACCAAACUUGGUAAGGGCAUCUUUAAAGAGAGAGACUACAGACUCAGAAAAAUAUGUGCCUGAAAAGAAGUCAGAAGUGGAUGAAAGAGAGACCGUUGUGGUAGAGCAAGACAGUGAGCCACCUAGUGUUCUCUCUUUUCAACAUGAUUCUCUAACAACAUCAAGAGAAAAAGAUAAGUCGCUUCAUGAGGAGGAGGCUGAAAUAGUGUCAUGUUCACAGACUGGAAAGGAUCCUUCACCUUCAAAUUCUUGUGACACUAAAGAGGAGUCUCAGUUAACACAAACCCAGGAAAAUGACUUAGUUAUCUUUAUGGGGACUGAAAAACAAACUAAUUUCCAACAAGAAACAAAGGAAAAUGUUAUCCAAACUGUUCUACCACUGAGAGGCCGGCUUCAGAGACCAAAACCAAAUGUCCAAAAGGCUAGAAAGCGGCAAAUAAUGGCAAAAGGUGAAGCAGAAGACAAAACCAAGGAAGAAGGAACAAUAGCACAAAAAGAUGAAAGGAAGAAAUCCCUAGCUUUGUCAAAUGCUGAAAUUGAAAGUGAAAUUGAAGUUGUGUCCUCCAAAGUUUCAGAAUGCAGAAUGGAUGAAAAUGCAAGUCAUGUGGUUCCUGCUGAAAGCCACCAAGUUGACAAAAUAAAUAUUUUGGAGGAAAAGAUGAGAUGUGGAGAAAAUAAGCCACAUGUUCCUAAUCCAGCACAGUUGAUAAGAAGGUUCUUCCAAAAGCCUAAGCCAAAUUUGGGCAGAGCAAACAGUAAAAAAGGAGCAAGUAUGAAAAAAGGCACAACAGAUGAAAGCAAGGUUUGCAAACCAGAAGAUAAUUUGCUGCAGCAAGGAGAUUCUGACACCCAGCUCCUUGUGAAAGAAAAGACAGAUAUUUUGACGUCUCUGGAAGUUUCAGCAAGAAAAGAUUUUGUAGGUUCUGAGGACUGUAGUUUGGCUCAAAAACAUGCUCAACUAGAUGUUGGACCAGCGAAAAGUGUUGAAGAGGAAACUGGAAGAGAUAAUUCUGUGUCUUCCAUUGUUGACGAGCAACAACUUAGUAAACCUACCAGUCAUCCACAACCGCUGAAACGAUCAAGUUACUCUAAAAUUAAUUUGGAUAAAAAAACAACAACCUCUUCUACAUCUGAGUGUGAAAUAGAUCAUAGUGGGAAGAGAACACAUAGGAAGAGCAAACCAAAUGUCACCAAAGGGCGAGGAUCAAAACGAAUUCGAGGUAAGACUGCUAAGAAGGAACCUAGAGCUUCCAAGUCCAUGCUGGUGACUCUUCGGGCUUCCCAGGAAGAGGAUGAAGAUGAUGCUGAGGAUUUUGAACCUGAUUAUGAAGAAGAGACCUAUCAUCUUGCCCCAGAAGAAUUAAACAAAGCACCAGUGUUUGUACCAGUUGGUCUCAGAUCCCCUGAACCUGUUUCUGCUCAGAUUGAGGAAACAAUGGAAGAGCUUGAAAUCACCGAGAAUGUUGCAGAUGUCGGGUGCCUCACUGUUGUGGAGCCUCAGCCUCCAAACAUGGACGUGACUGCUCUGGAAGCGAGGCAAGGAAGGGAUUUAUAUACAUCAUCAUUUGAAAUGGUCUCAAGUGAACAGGCUCGGAGUAUAACAGGUUCCAGUGAUGGAAGCACCGAAGCUGCCAUAACUUUGCUGACAAUGGGAGAUAUAGUCCUACAGUCAGAGAUCAGUACUGAGCAGGGUGAUGUAGGUGUGUGUAUAUUUCAUUCAGAGGAUGGGAGUCAUAUUCCUUUUAGCACAGAUAACGUAAAUCACAAACCUGUUGAUGAAUAUCAGGAGCUUACCUCACUUGUUACAAGUGGGUCUGCUGCAUCCUUGGAAGACAAGAUUGUGUCAGAGGAACAGAAUAUUAGAGAUGACGCUGGUUUAAUGGAGGACAUAAAGGAAACGACACCAACCAGAAAUACAGUUUCUCAAGUGACCAGCAGUUUAAGAAUGAGUAGUAGUUUUGCUGAGCCUAAGGCAAAUUUUGAGAAGAUUUCAGAUACCAGCAGGUUUGAUGCUCAUCAAGAAGUUCCCAAUUUUUGUAUAACUAAAGGGGAAGAAGAACAAAAUCAAAGAGAAACUGAGCAAAAUGUUCCCAAAGCAACAGAAUUGGAAGAUAAAAGCUUUGGGCCAGUUACAACAGCAAAUAGUACGGAGCAGAACCAAUUGACAAGUGUCUCCGAUGUCAGAGAGAACAGUAUUCCCCUAGAAGCAAAUCUAACAAAAAGAAAUGAAGAGGAAGAAGACAGAGCUGAGGUGGCUCAGGUUCUGUCGGUUACCUCAGUUGUUUCUCCUGAGACAGUUCCUCAUACAGUUGGUUCGAGUUGGGGUCUUUGUGAGAAUUCUAUGGAAGAGACUUUGAGAAAAGGCUCUACUGGAGAAAGCAUGCUCACAUGUCAUGCACCAGAGUGUGCACCACCUUGUAUUCCAGAAGUCCAACAGGAGAAUGUAACCAAUCCUCAAGACCUAGCAGUGAAUCUGUUUACAAAUAUCCCUCAAGAUGAAGAUGAUGAACAAACAGUCAUUUUAACUCUGGUGGAAAUCCCAGCCAGUGAAGCACAAGAAUUUACUGGUGCUUCUGUGCAGUUAAUGCCAAACCCUCUACUACCAGCACCCAUACUGGUCAAAUCGGGGAGUGCUGAAGGAAGAAGUGACUUGAGUUUGAAUUUACCAGUAACUUCCAUUGUUCAAGAUGCCACUUGUUUAUCUAAUUGUGGAAGAGAUGACUCUGAAAAGCCUCCUGCUAAUUUGGAUCUUAUAUCUAGGAAGAGAUUUCAUUGCAGAUAUGAUGAAAGUGAUUAUGUUCCUCCUGCCAAAAAAUGUUCACUCCCUUCAGAAGCUGAUUGUCAAGAACACACUUUUGAGGUGUGUUCAAAGGACUCAGAUGUUUGUCGGGAAGCAGGGGUGUCUUACAAGGGGAAAGGCAUUUUUUCUGCCUCAGGAAGCACACAUACAACUCAAGAACCUCAAAAAGAACAACUGGAGCCAACUUUUCAGAAUACAGGAUCUAUUCCAUAUGACAAUAUAAGAGAUCUUUGUGCAGAAAGGAGCAUGGUUCAGUUGCCUCAAGAUGAAAUGAUUGUGUCUGAUAAAGAAGAAAGAACUAAUACUGCUUCUAAAUCUGAACAGAUAGAUAAAGGAGCAUUGCCUUCAAAAGCCCCACUAUCCAGACCUGGUAGAAGACCCCUGGGAUUUUUGUCUUUAAUAUGUCCAAAGAAUAGUGUGGAGCCUGAUGAAUCUACUCAGUUACAUAGUAAGAAGCGCCUAAAACCUAUUAUACCUAUAUCAAGACGAAAUUUGAAAAGGUCGAGUACACUUAAAGAAGACCACAAAAAACAUCAAGAGUCCUCCAAUGUGCUUACAACUGUUAAUACUCAGUCCCAGAAUACUGGCAGUUUAGCAGCUCAGGUUUCUAGUGAUCAACCCUCACUAAAAGGAGAAUGUAAAAGUGGCCAAAAACGGGCACCUGAAGAUGAGCCACCCACAGUCUCAGAAUAUUUCUUUGGUGAUAUAUUCAUUGAAAUGGAUGAAAUAGUAUAAAAUAAUUGGUUUUGUUUUUUUCUUUCUUUUUUAAGCUUGGGAGUUUUAGAGUCAAUGCAGUACUGAGAAAAACAUAUCACUGUCUAUUUUAACUUAGGUUAAUUUUGAAUAUAUAGUAAGCUUCGUUGGAAGCUUUUGUAAUCAGUGAAAAAUAUUGCUGAAUUUUAUUUUGAUUGAUUCAGCAUUUUGGAAAUUAGCAAGUAAUUAAGACUGCUGUCUUUGCCGGGCGCAGGUGGCUCACUCCUGUAAUCCUAGCUACUCAGGAGGCUGCUAUUUGAGGAUCACGUUUCAAAGCGAGCCUGGGCAGGA